AUGCUUCUGAUUCAACUCCCAGAAAAACAAGGAAGUAUGCGCGAAGAUAGGGUGAGUCCCUGCGGCAGGCAUUAUCCGGGAACGAUUAUCCAGGAACUUACAGAAGGAACCCAGGAGAAUGUUCAAAGCGAUAAGAGAACAGGUCUUUUCAGAGAAGCUCUUGCCGCUCUUCUGUUAGAGUUAGCUAAAGGCCAGCCAAACCAAACUAAAAGACGUACUUGUAGGUCUCCUUGA